GGCCGCUCCUCGGCCGCGGCCUCGGAGGCCCCGGCGGGCCUCCGCGUCGCAGCGCGGAGGGGACCGCGGGCCGCCCGCAGGCGCAGAGUCGUCGAGCUGCGCCAGCACGCCUGGGCGGAGAUCGGCGAGGAGGACUUCAUGCUGCUCUCCGCGACGCCCCAGGGCCAGGGGCUUGUCCAGGACUGGGUGGCGCAGCUCGAAGCGGCCGCGGAGGAGGACGAGGAGCGUCUGGGCUGUUGUGGCGGCGAGGCGGGCGGCGAGCCGGGUCUGCCCUCGGCGUGA